AAGGCAUAAAUGAACAGUUGUCAUUUCUUCUCUUCACCAUAGUCUCACUUUCACGAGUACAUGGUUUUUAUAUUUUGACACAGUAUAAAGUAAAAACGCAAAAAUGAGUUAUUCAAAGUUUGACCUAACGUUUAAAAUAGGUCAAUAUUUAGACCGACAUCUAGUGUUUCCAUUAUUAGAGUUCUUGGCUGCAAAAGAGACUUAUGACCAAUCAGAGCUCCUGCAAGCUAAGUUAGAGAUACUGAGCAAAACUAACAUGAUUGAUUAUGUUAUUGACAUCAGGAAAAUGCUUUACCCUGAUGAGGAUACACCAGAGGAGAUUAAGUCAAGGAGAGGAGUAGUCCUCUCCCAGCUACAGGAACUGCAGGAUGCCGUGGAACCUGUGCUCAGACUGAUGCAAAGAGACGAUGUCAUGAAGACCGUUGAGACUAUGAGAGACCCCAAGACUCUUAUCAACCAUCUUACCACCAAUAAGGAGUUUGAGUUCAAAGUUGAGAUGAUUGACAGUAUGUACCGGCUGGCCAAAUACCGGUAUGAGUGUGGUAACUAUGUAGAGUCUGCCUCAUACCUCUAUUUCUGCCAACUGGUCAUGUGCCCAACAGACAAGAACUACCUCUCUGUUCUGUGGGGUAAACUGGCCAGCGAAAUUUUGGUGCAAAACUGGGAUGGCGCACUUGAUGAUUUAACGAAGCUGAGAGAGUUUAUCGACAACGGUGGCGCCGGAGCGACAGCCAACAACAUGCAGGCGCUCCAGCAGCGCACUUGGCUGGUACACUGGUCACUAUUCGUCUUCUUCAACCAUGUCAAGGGCCGCGACCUCAUUAUUGAAAUGUUCUUGUACAAGCCUUUGUACUUGAACGCCAUCCAGACAAUGUGCCCACACAUCCUUCGUUAUUUGGCUACUGCUGUUAUCAUAAACCGAUCACGAAGGAACGCACUCAAGGAUCUUGUAAAAGUAAUACAGCAAGAAGCUUACACAUACAGGGAUCCUAUUACGGAGUUCAUUGAGCAUCUGUAUGUAAACUUUGACUUCGAAGCUGCACGCAGGAAACUCAAUCAGUGCCAAGCAGUACUACUUACUGACUUCUUCCUGAUUGCUUGUCUAGAAGAGUUUGUUGAAAACGCUCGUCUAAUGAUCUUCGAAACAUUCUGCCGUAUUCACCAAGUUAUCAGUAUUGGAAUGUUGGCCGAGAAUUUGAACAUGCAGCCGGACGAAGCUGAAUGUUGGAUUGUUAACUUGAUCCGUAACGCUCGUUUGGACGCUAAGAUCGAUUCCAAGUUGGGCCACGUAGUGAUGGGUGCGCAACCGCUGUCUCCUUACCAGCAGCUUGUUGAAAGAAUCGACUCGCUUGCUGUACGAUCAGAGGCACUUACCUCAUUAGUGGAACGCAAACAGAAAACCCGGAAUCAAGACAUUCGCUGGGGCGCUCAAGAAUUUUGAUUACCAUAAAAGUACUUCGUUUUUAUUAUAAUACUUAAGAGCAGUCUAAAACCAACUACUUCAGCCCAUCCAUGAAGGAAUUUUAUUACAUAUUUAUCACUAUA